UUCAGUCAGUUUGGUUCGGUUUUCUUUCCAUAGUUUCAGUAGAGAAAAGCGCUCGCUGCUGGGUGGACGUGGAUUUUCGUUCGUUCGUUCGUUCCUCUUAUUACCGGAAGAAGGUGUUUUGUGAAGUUUCAGUGUGUGUCCAACAGCGCUGUUGUGGAGGCAGAGCUCUAGUGUUCUCAUACCCCCUCGUUGUUCUCUUGAUUUUUUCGAGGAAAUUUUUUUUUUCCGGACUCAGUUAAAGGUGUGUUCCGCGCUGCAACAGCACAUAGUGAUUCUCUUUGUUCCGCGCGAAAUGUGCUUUUUGGAAGAAUCGUGAAGAAUAGCAGUUACUUUCGGUGGUUGCUACUGGUGAGCGAUUCCUCCUUUUGCUCCUCUUCACGCGAAGAAGAAUUGCUCAGUGUGGAAGGAAGGGCGUCCUACGUGUUGGUAGUAGUGAUUGUCUCAGUUUUCCCUCCAUAUUCGGUGCGAAGAAUUGUGUUUCGGGAUCUUGAUUUUUUUUGUGUCCUUCUCGGGAAGAAGCAAUACAGCUUACGGAUAAUUGAAUUCUUUUGUUCAAGGAGCGGAAGUUUAGUGAUUUGUUUUUUUGCACCGUGUAUUGAAAGCAGAGUUCGUGGCGGAAAAAGCAACAGAGAAAGUACUGCUGGAUGUACGCAUCGUGAAAAAAGUUCGGUGAAUGCUGAGUGAAUUUUGGUAUUUUUGUUGUGGCUGAAGAAAUUUUAUACAUGCCUAUAUUUUUCCGUUGCUGAUCCAGCUGUCUAUCCUGCGUUGUCGCCACCAUAUCCUGGAGUGAAUACGCCCGCUGGUUCGCUCGGUGAUAGAUAAAUAAUUGAUUGAAAGUGGUUUGUUCCAAAGCGGCGCGCGGUGGGGCGAAAGCCGAAAAGAAUAAAGUUGUGUGUUAUUUUGCUGUGCGUGAAAGUCAUCAGCGAGAAGUGCCAGAAUCAGCUGAAACCAGAAGGGGAAAAGAGCAAGUGGAAGUGAAGUGGUUGUAUAUAAAUAUUGAUACAAGGGGCCAGUGCCCGCGGAAAUUUAGACGGUCAUGCUGUGAGGAUAUGGGACAGCCGGCAGUUUAUGAAGUUCCUUUUAUGUAUUGAUGUUGACGUAAUCAACGUGUUGUCUCGAAAGAAGAAGAAAAAACUACACUAGACGGCUUCCGCGGGAAGAUGCUGUCAGGGAAUGUCCACCGGAGUACGAGGACUGCAAGGACCACCAUCAACACCCUAAACACCGUCACCAGCACCGAGAACACGACGUCGUCAAGACAACGACGGUCCCGCUGUCAACUGCAAUGCCAGCAACGGCUACCGUUUGGACUGAGGACGGUGACGGUGGGGCCCUUACUGGUGCUGUUGGUGCUAGUGUUAUUAACUCCGGUCACGGCCCAGUCCAAUCCACCGCAAACAUGUCCUCAGGUAGGCGAAAUCAGCCCAUGUCAGUGUCAGGUGAAGAAGAACGGUCUGGACAUCCUGUGCGAAGCGACCGACGUGCAACACAUUACCAAGGCAAUGAGCGCGUUGAAAGGGAAGAAUCCCAUUAUCUUCUAUCUGAAACUGCGACAUAACAAUCUGCCUAAACUGCAAGGCUUUGUGUUCCUCUCGCUCGACAUCCGGCAUCUGACCAUCCAUAACAGCAGUUUAGCUGCCAUCGAGGAAACAUCGUUAAGUUCGUUGGGUCGUGGCUUGACGCAGCUGGACGUGUCCCAGAACCAGCUGCUGACGGUUCCCUCGAGCGCACUCAAGAACCUACAUCACUUGCUGAUACUGAACUUGAAUCACAAUCGAAUUUCGGUCAUGCACAACCGGGCAUUUGAGGGACUGGACACGUUGGAGAUUCUGACCAUCUACGAGAACAAAAUUACGUCGGUGGAGCCGGAUGCCUUCCGCGGAUUGGACAAAAAAUUGAAACGUCUCAAUCUCGGUGGAAAUGAUCUAACUUCAGUGCCGCAAAAAGCUCUCUCCAAGCUGGACAUGCUGCGAAAGUUGGAACUUCAAGAGAACCGGCUGAAAACCAUCAAGGAAGGUGACUUUGAAGGGCUUCAAAAUCUGGAUGCCCUUAUCCUGGCCCACAAUCAGCUCACCGAGGUACCGGCACGCGUCUUCAGUCAUCUGAUCCUGCUGAAUUCCCUGGAACUGGAGGGUAAUUCGAUUUCCUACAUCGAUAAGGACGCCUUCGAGGGACUGGAAGAAAAUCUCCAGUACCUUCGUCUCGGUGAUAACAAUCUGCACCGCAUUCCGAGUGAUGCACUCCGACCAUUGCACCGUUUGCGGCAUCUGGACCUACGCUCUAACAACAUCUCCUCCAUCAACGAGGAUGCUUUCGUUGGGUUCGGCGAUUCGAUUACGUUCCUGAAUCUACAGAAGAACGACAUCAAAGUGCUACCGGCAUUGGUUUUUGAGAAUCUCAACUCGCUGGAGACGCUGAGCAUCCAAAACAACAAGCUAACUCGCAUACCGGAGGAAGUGAUGGAACCAAUCAUGGACUCGCUGCGUGUGGUCGAUAUUAUGGACAAUCCGCUGAUCUGUUCCUGCGAGUUGGCCUGGUUCCCGAACCUGCUAAGAGACUUAAAGAACCGCGACGACGAAAUGACUCAGAAGAAACGCCCCAUGUGCACGAUGGCCAACGAGCACCGGGAGUACUACGUGCAAAAUAUGCCACUGGAGCGGAUGAACUGCGUCGGGAAGAAGUUCGAAACGUCGCUGCUGAGUGGUAGCGGUGCUACCGGGUUGGUGGCAUCCGUGACCACGACCGGACUGCUGCCGAUGCUGGCGUGGGUGGUUUGUCGAGAUUACCAUCGCUAUUACUAAUACUACUACCUACUACUACUACUAGGAGGAGAACCGGAUCCGGAUUCUCGACGCAUAGGAGGUAAGUGUACGUGAUUUACUUGAUGGAUGUGGAGCAGUAGGUGGAGGAUGGAAGGGAGGCGCAGGAAGGAUGCUGAAUGAGACAAAAGAAACCGAAAACAACAAGGCGACAGCGAGGCGGAAAAUACAAAUGUUGCUUUAUUUUUUUCCGUAUGACUUUUUGUUUGUUUUGUGUUGGCGUUUUCGUUUCUGGGCGUUUCUGUGGGAGUUUGGAGACUGGAACGAGGAAAAGAGUGAGGGUGAACGGUAUUUGGCAGAACUUUACAGAAAUGCACGCAGAGUUAGUUUAAUUAAUAUAAUGUAAGGACAGAUGUAGGUAUUAGCAUUAGCAGGGCUAAAUCAGAAAUAAGACAAAGUCGGAAAACAAGUCUCACGUACGACUGAGAACUCUCCGAACGAGGUUGAUCAAGAGAGGUUUGAAAUUAUAAGUCAACACUACCCAAGAGGCAAGAUGAAGCAUCACAUUACCAAAAAGUCUUUCAACGAAGUAAAAUGCACUGAAACAAUGUGCUUUUCAGAUUUCGGAAGUACGGUUCAUGCGCUGAAACUGGAACAGGUGGAGGUGUGACUCUGCAGGGACUGGUGCGUCGAGUGUUGUUCUGGAACGAGUUUAAUUUCUGCAGUAGAAAUUCGAUAUGAAGCAGCAUUCAUUGGUUGCCGUUGGCGCUCUGAAGGUUAAUUGCUAUUGACAGUUAAUAGCCUUGGCCAGUUGAUGAUCCCUAUCAGUGGUUCAAUGUCGUUGGACGGGUUUUUAAUUUCAAGAACGAAAAUAGGUUACAGAUUUAUAUUGGAUAUGUCCGACAUUUGUUUGUCAUUUUCACGAGUGGUUUGACUGUUUAGUUCAGCUAGUUCAAACAACAGUUUCUUGCUCGACUGUGCGGUUGUUUAUGGUAGAUUUUUUUCCAGAGAAAACAGACGGAUCUACCAAUCAUUCAAAUAAGUGUCACUUUCUGGCUAAUAUUUGUUAUAUCAGAACUUACAAGCAUUGGUAUAGCCGUAAAUAAGCCGUGUAUAUUUGAGAUUAUAUAUUGGCUCUUCAGUCUUGAGAUCUAUCAAUAGCUUUCGGUCCAUCUUACUUCAAAUCAGGCCCAGUUGGCAAUUAUAAGCCGUUUAUAGCCAUAAAAAGGAUAAGGCGCUAGUGGUUGCUUGGUUGAAGCGGCAUGCUAUGUGUUAGACACUAUGCUAAUAAAUCAAAACGCUUUCAGCAGCUCAAGAAUGUAGCAACUAUUAGCAAUCGGGCAUUCUAAUCGGUUUUCGAUUAUAUUAAUAACUUGGCAGGAUCUAAAUGUCUCAGUGCGAUUGCUGUUUGAUUUGCUAGCACUGUACUGGAAAAAUUUCGUGAAAUUUAUCCACUUAAUUGUAGUAGUUCAAAGAGAAAUUCGAUUAAGAGAAUCGAUCAUCGCAGUUAGGCCUUCAUGAUUCUCAAACGCUAUAGAUAAUCUCUGUUUGUCACUGUGUUGAACCUCCAUGGGCACCACCGAAGAAUCAACAGAAAUCAACAGGAGAACGUGAGAGUUGACAGCUUGUAUUGCUUGUUAGGGAAGAUCUAUAACAGACGUAGCAUUUUAGACUGACCAGCCAUUUAGAAACGUACGCUACAAGGGGGAGGUUAACGUUUGUUUACGUUUCAUGAAGCCCAAACGUUUGGCCCCCUUCCCUUGAAGUGUAUUUUUCACUUGACUGGUCACUCUCAAAUUUGACGUCAUUUAUGCAUCUUCCUUUAGCAAAGCUUCACUCUCUCGUAAGUGAGAAAAAGGAAGGCGAAAAUGUGUAUAAUUUUUUUGUUCUAUGUUAUAUUUUGUCGAUCAACAUUUUAACGAUACUAUAUCCAUUCAAAGUCAAUUCACAUUUGUUUAAAAUAGUUUGGGGAAUUAAUUGUAGAAUAAAAACCCCAAGCUAACUCUAAAAGCUCCUAAAUUUUACAGUGGUUUUGUGAAUAUUUACUUUAUAUUAAAGGUAAAUUGAUCAUUAAGGUGGUCAUUUCGGCCUUUUGUGACUAUUUUGACGCUUUUCAGGCGUUUAAGAAGCUUUCAAAGUGCAAGGAUAUGCUGAUUUUUCGUCAAAAUCGUAGAAGCAGUUUUUUCGUCAGCAUUCAAACUUCUGGCCAUGACAAAAUAUUCAUUUUAUUUCAUUUACCCAGUGGAACUCAGUGAUUACAUCUUAAUGGCCAGAAAUUUGAUUACUACUAGUGAAAUUUUUUUAUGUUGGAAAAUGAACCGCAUUACUUCAACCUGAUAUCCUAAUUUGAUAUUUGUAAGCCAAUUUUUGCAACUCAAUGCCUGUUCGGCGUUAUCAAUAACGAAGAGCUGCAUUUGUUUUCUAUGAUCGGUUGCUAGCUGAUCGGUUCGAAAAUAUUGUCAUACAGUCCUUCUUAAGCUAAGUUUAGAUGAGGCAAGAGACUUGAAUGCGUAUUGAAUGUGAAAUGCCGUUCAAGUGAGAUGUUCAAUUGACUUGAAUUGUAAAAAAGUUGAACCGGGCUCAACUUUUCAAGCCAGUUGAAAUCAACUGAGUAGAUCAAUUGAGUUGCCGUUUCUAUGCUCAGCUAUAGAAUGGUAUUAUUUUCCUAAUGGGAACGGAUGUUUUGACAAUAAAAGAUAUCCUGAGUGAUAUUGUCACACGCGCGGGCGGGAUUUUGAUUGGAAAGAGAAAGAGGCAAGUACUAGUUUCUUAUCUUAUGCCAAUCCCGCUCCGGUCAAGUACGCUGAGGUACGAAGGUCGUAUCGCUAGGUGAUUUUAACAAGUACAGUCGUUUGAUCUUUUAAUCACAUUUAAAUAUUCUUAACGUAUGCUGAAAUUUCAAUAGAGAAGUCGUGCAAAAGUUCACCACAUUAGUAUUAAUUUGAUUUGUAGUAAACAACAAGCAUGUGAAAAACCACCUCAUUUUACACGCUCGCACGUUGAGUUGCUUUCGAGUGCACUUGUUUCCAACUGCUGAGUGAGUGUCUUGUAGAAAGAAUUAAUCCUUUGCUUUCUAGUUCGAAGCAUAACUUUCCACAUUGAUAUUGGUAUUGAAAAAAGUAUUACUUUGAAGUUGAUAAACUUGAAAAGUGCCACACAACUAAACUAAAUCUAACUCCACGAUAGAAUCCAAUACGGCGCAGCGAAUCAACGAUUGGGUUUGCACUCGGCAGGCAUAGUUUUUCACAUUCUAUCAGUUCCCCACCUGCUUCGUUCAACUGCUAUCAGUUUCGAGUCUCCGUGCAGAGUAUUUUUUUCAAUUCGUUUAUGUGGAAAUGCUUAACUUUCUUAAUGAAGCUUUACGGAGCCGAUUACCUUUAAAAACAAUUCUACAUUAACUAUAAAAAAAUCUGUUUGCG